CCCCCCAGGCCCGCCCCCUCCUCUCCAGCAAAACCCAGAACCCACCCCGCGCACAGAACCACGCCCACCCCUACUGACCGAGGGGCUGUGCGCAUCUCCUGCACCGGGGUCAUGAGGCUUCCAGAAGCGGAGGUAGCCCACCGAACAUUUGGAUUAAUCUGGAGGAUGGAUGCAGUCUCCGUCCCUCUCCUUAGAGAAAGCGGGGAGGUACUUCCGUAGCUAGCCUAACUUCCCCCUCCCUCCCCGCCUCCGUGGCAGUCCUCCGGCCACGGCUCGCCGCUACCUGUGCAUCUUAACUGACCCCAGAAUCCUCGAAAUGACCCGACCUCCUCCCCCAGCGCACCUCCUUCAGUAGAGGAUUAUUACCUGCCUGACCCCUUGCAGAGCAGCAUGUGAAUGAACCUCUGUGGAAAGCUGCCAGUCGUGGGGUUGAGAGGGUGCUAGCCAGAAGUAAUUCUUCAAGAGGAUGUGUUUCAUUCUUUGGCCGCCCUCCCAGCCCUGGCCUCGCUGAGGGUGCAUACGAGGAUUGUCCGGGGGGUGGGAGCGUGGGGUGGUGGUGUAGCAAACUCUGGCUAGGUUUUCCUUAAUGGCCUUAGCAGAGCAGAGACGAGACGUUUUAAAUAUUUUUUAAACUAUUGGGAAGAAUUGUGUAGAUCUUCAAUACUGAAUAACCAAGAAGAAUUCCACUUUUGAUUCUUCGUUGGGGAAGGGUUACUUGACAGAGCAAAAGGAUGAAAUAGAUGCAGCCCUUGGCAUAUUGCAGAUAGCAGGCAUUUAAUAAAUGUUUAUUCAAUUGAAUUGAAAUCCAGAGAAUUUGAUUUUACAUGUAUGUUUAUAGCCUGCAAGGUACCUUGUGCAUUGUUCAGCUGCUUCGGAAAUUUGGUAACUGAGCAAGUCCUUUUCUUGACCAGUUGAAAUCAAUAAAAAUAUGGCUUUCUAUGGCCGUAGUAUGCUUUUUGCUAUUGCUAAAACAAGAGGUCCUCACCUUUUUGUUCACCCUAGCUACCCUCGAUAUUCCCCAUCAGUUUCAUUUCUUCAACUGGCAGACUCCCAUUUAAAUCAAACCUAUGUGAAGAACUAUGGAAGCAAAAAAUUCUUGUAUUCUAUUCAAUCAAGCAGCAAACUACCUCAUUUACGAACUAAGGCAAUACGAAAACUACAUACAUCCACAUGUUGGCUUCAAGAUUUCCCAGAUAAACCUAAACAAACCAUGGAAAAAUCAGUAACAGCAAGCCCCCGAACCCCAAAAGAAACAGGGAUUAAGACUGAGGAGGUUAAGCAAUCUUUAAGACAAAAAAUUGUGGAUGAACUUAAACAUUAUUACAAUGGAUUUUACUUGCUUUGGAUCGACACCAAAGUUGCUGCCAGGAUCGUAUGGAGACUGUUACAUGGACAGGUGCUGACCAGACGAGAGAGACGAAGGCUGCUGAGAACUUGUGCUGAUCUCUUCCGCCUGGUUCCAUUUAUCGUGUUCAUAAUUGUGCCCUUCAUGGAAUUUCUAUUACCAGUAUUUCUGAAACUCUUUCCAGACAUGUUGCCAUCAACUUUUGAAAGUGAAUCCAAAAAGGAAGAAAAACAGAAAAAGAAAAUGGCAGCAAAGUUGGAAUUAGCAAAAUUUCUUCAAGAAACUAUUACAGAGAUGGCGAGGAGGAACAGAGCCAAGUUGGGAAAAGGCUCCAAAUUAGGAGAUGCUUCUACACAGUUUUCAUCCUAUGUAAAGCAGGUUCAGACAGGCCAUAUACCUAGCACAAAGGAGAUACUUCGGUUUUCCAAAUUAUUUGAGUAUGAUUUAACUUUGGAACAUUUAGACCGACCUCAACUGGUUGCCCUGUGUAAACUCCUAGAGGUUCAGGCCCUUGGAACCAACAACCUGCUCCGCUUUCAGCUUCUGAUGAAACUGAAAUCUAUUAAAGCAGAUGAUGAAGUAAUUGCCAAAGAAGGAGUGAAUGCCCUGAGUGUCUCAGAACUACAAAGUGCCUGUAGAGCUCGAGGGAUGAGAUCACUGGGGCUCACUGAGAAACAAUUGAGAGAACAGCUCACACAGUGGCAGGACCUCCAUCUGAAAGAGAAUGUCCCUCCUUCUCUGUUGUUGUUGUCCCGUACCUUCUAUCUGGUAGAUGUGAAGCCAAAGCCUAUAGAGAUUCCUCCAAACAUUGAGAUUGAAGAAUAUAAAAAACUGCCACCUAUUCCACCACAGCCACCUGUUUCAUUACCUGGAAAACCUAUUUCUUCUUCCAGAGUAAGCAUUUUUAUGAUAGGAAAAGGACUUAUUUUGUUGUUUGUUUAUCUUCAAAGGUCCUUAUAGUUUUGGACUAAAACAGUUGUGAAACAGUGCAUAAUCCUUCUUUGCUUCUAAACAGGAUGUUGUAGGCUGAAGUGUAGUCAUCCUGUAACCACUACAUUUUUGACCUUUUCAAGUAUCAAACUUAAACAUGUUAAGUCUAGAGACUAAUUACAAUACAGGCACAUCCUUAUUUUCUUCUGCCAAUUAGAAAUUAUUUCCACAUGUGGUGAAUCUUACAAGGACCUUUAUGUCAUGAAAUAUUAGGAAAACAACCCUAAAUCUCAGCACAAGUGUACUCUGACCCCUUCUCCCAAUUUUCCUUUAGCAUAAAACUCAUUUGGGUGCCCUCUCCUCCACCAAUGAUUAAGCUCCUCAACCAGAAUAAGAAGUAGGGACCACAGGACAGGACAAACAGUUAACAAACAACAGAAGCUAGUGAUGAGCAGAGAAGAAGACAAAGUAGUAGUCCUUCCCUUGAGGGUAUUUCUGGGCUGGUGAUGGAAAUUGUAGACACACCCAGAGGGAUUAUGUCAAGAUACCGGUAAUUCAAACAUACAGAUGCCUUAAGUGGUAAGUUUGUUUUGGUAUUUUUAGAAUGUAAACUUCCUUAGUCCUCCUCUUCCUCCUCCCUCCAGGUUUCCCCUUUUACCACCCUCCCCGUCCUAUAAUAGGCACAUAAAUUGCUUUUUGAUUUAUUUGUAAGACACACCCUGAUAUUAAGUUGUAAAUCAGAUUCGACUUAACCUAAUGAAAUAAAUCUGUGGCUCUUAGAGCAUUCACAUUAAAAUCAUGGUUUAAUUCUAAAGUUAUUUUAUUUUGAUCUAUUCAGGUCAAAUCACAAACAUCAUCCCAAAGUAGCAAGUAGUAUAAAUGGAGUCUAAGGCCACUUGAAGAUGAUGCUGUUACCUAUUCAUUCACUCCACCUCCCUACCUCAGUAGGUAAAAGGAAUUCCAGGCGGGGCUGUCUAUAUCUUCUUCGGAAUAUAGCCAUUUUGACGUUCUAGCAGUUCUUGAGGCCCUGAAACCUAUCCGGUGAACAGGUGAUGUUAGCAGUGAAUCUAAGUUUACAUUCUUCAAAAAGUCCAUUUCUUCUCUGCCACUAUUCACUCCCCUUGUAAAUUAACUCCACAAACUGUAAAUGUGUAAAGAGACCUGUUUAUUAUUGACUAAAUUGUGUUAUGUGUGGCUUUCACAGUGGUCAUAUCUUUGGACAUCUGCAAUUUAUUCAAAACCCCUGAGAGGAAAAAUUUCUUGUAUAGUAUGGCUUCUGCUUUAGUCUGUAAAACCUUAGCCUCCUAUAUAUCACAUCUUGGCUGGGGCUUUUGGAAGCACAGCAACCAGUGAACAGGACUUUAUCAGCCAGAUUGCUUUUUUCUCAGGCAAAUCUUUGGCUUGAUAGGCCCAUUUCAUGUCCUUAAAUUGAAAUGCUGAUGCUACUUACUCAUGGUCAUAAAGCUCUCAAAACCAAGUAAGUUUUAGACAGGAGAAGGGGGUGCUGCUCUGAUGGAGAGAUGAGAAAGUCUCUUAGAGGGGAGUGAGGAGUUAAAAUGCAUUGGCAGCUAGCAGGGCUUGGCCCCUGAGAGGCUAUUCUGUCUGACAUCCCUUUUUGGGUCUGGAACGAGCUACAGGAUAGGCUGGGAAGGAGCUGCCACUAUGCUAGCACAUAUGGCUUUCAUUAGCCAUCAUUUUGCUAGGAAACAUAAUUAGGGUUUGUGGCUUAACUGUUUGUUUGGGUUGGGUGUUUUUUUUUUCCUCCCUGAUCUAUUUAAGUCUUUCACAAAUCAGACUUUUUUUUGUUAGUCGUGGAGGUUGUUUAAGUCUAAUUGUCCUUUUCUGUGUUAUGCAAUAACAAAUAUUAUGUUCAUAUAUUUAUUACUUAAAAACUUUUGACUUCCUUUGCUGGAAGAUCACCACAGAGAUGACCAAUAGCUUUCUUAGUUUUAGAGAGGCUAGGGAGGGAAUAGACGUUUAGGAUCUGGAAGAUGAAAAAUGUUACCAGGCUUGCUGGUAACAUUUAGUUAUUUUUAUUUCCUGGAAAUUGAAAGCAGUUAGUUGGGUACCAUUUAAAAACCAAGUGAAACUUAAAUUUGGUUCUUCAGGCUUGCUGAAACUACUUAAAUGAGUAACUUACAUUAUUAUUUUAAAACUAGAAAUAAUUUGCACUUUAAACUGGUUCCUCUGACUCUCUUUCAGCAGGGGAUGAUCUCCAUAUUGUAUUUCUAAUCAACUCUAGUUAUUUGAGCAUUACGAAUCCCCUGCUGUGCUAAUGCAAUAUCUGUGGAAUAUUGCCACUAGCCUAGCAAGGUGAUUCAUAAUAAACUUUCACAUUUCUAAAGUGGUGAGGUGUUUCUUUUUUCUUUCUUUCUUUCUUUUUUUUAAAGUUUAUUUAGCUCAUUUAAAGGUUGAAUGUAGGAGAAAGAUUAGCCAUUUAAUUUGCUCAAUCCAAGUUCUGUCCAGUGAUUCAUAAGUAGAUAUGUUAGAUUUUUCUUUCUGUCCUUUCCCAGGGCAGAAUAGGAAUAAUUAAAGCAAGGGGGAGAGCCCUUAGCUGGUUCUGAUCACAACCCACUUUUAAAUUUUUCAUUUUAUCUGGACAUUAACAGACCAUUCUCUUCUCAAUACCAUGUAUCUCAAAUUUCAUGAUUUGGGGCUUUAAAAGCUCAUUGUCUUAGCCACAUAACUUAUGAGACUCUUAUUUAAAAGGUAUCAUGUUGCUAUAGCCAAACUUAAACACAAUCUUCUUGAAAAAUAAGGAACAUAAGGAUAUAUUUAAUUUCUCCUUAGGUUAUUUGGCUGUAUUUUAAAUAAAAUUUACAAUUCUGAUGAGCCAAAACAUCUAGCAUUUAAUAAGCAAGUGGCUCUGGAAUGGCUAUAAUUGUUAAUCUAGAAGCAUCUUUUUUUUUUUUUUGACUGUUAGGAUUUAUAUCUGCUUUCUGUACCCUCCUCCUAAUUUCUGGGAAAGGAGAAAGGUUGUUAACAGGUCUUUCCCCGCCACCCCCCAUCCCCAUUACCACCUCUGAUAGAUGGAUAUAGCCAGCUUUUCUGUGGUAUUCUUUAUCUAUAUUACCCUCACCCAGUAUUCUCUUAGAUGGUAGUUGAUAGGCAUAU